CAACGGCGGCGUGCGCAGCGUCAGUGUACAACGUGCUGCAAGUUUCUUCUAAUAUAACGUCACCUUAAUUGGUGACGAGUGACGAGUACCUGUCUGUGCAGUAGUGUUAAGGUUAAGGAGUGUCAAGCGGGUCUGAAUUCAAGAAGUGUAUGCCUUUUUAAAAAUGUCUAAGAGAGGACAACCUGCAUGGAGCCCUCCAUUGCGCGAAGGACACGCAGUUUUGAAACUUUUUAACAGUUUAACACGACAAAAAGAAGAAUUCAUUCCUCAGUAUGGAAAUCGAGUGCUCUGGUACAGUUGUGGUCCAACUGUUUAUGAUGCUUCACACAUGGGACAUGCUAGAUCGUACAUAUCAUUUGAUAUUUUAAGAAGAGUAAUGUCGGAUUAUUUUGGCUACGAUAUUCUGUACGUGAUGAAUAUCACGGAUAUCGAUGAUAAAAUCAUUAAGCGUGCUAGGCAAAAUUAUUUGUAUGACAAAUAUAUAGAGGAGGAUCACAACUUGGACACCGUACUGGAAGAUGCGAAAGGUGUCAUGAGCACAUUCGAAGCCACUGUCAAGAACACAACAGACAACGACAAAAAGUGCAUGUUAGAGAAAAUGCUUUUACGCGUGAAAAAUGCUGUUGAAGAGCUGGAGAAAGCAGUUAGUACAAAUGACGAAGCCAAAACGAGGGAAUAUCAAAAGACGUUGCUGCUUGAGGCACGAGACCCACUGUCGGAAUGGUUGGAUAAAAAGUAUGGUGCAACCGUCACGGAAAACGCUAUAUUCACCAAAUUGUCGCAACACUGGGAAGCCGAGUACCACAAAGAUAUGGAUGCGUUAAACGUUUUAAGGCCCAAUGUUUUAACACGGGUCAGUGAAUACGUUCCGGAAAUUAUUGAAUACAUAAAUAAAAUAGUGGCGAAUGGUUUGGCGUAUGAGAGUAACGGUUCAGUAUAUUUUGAUGUGAGUGGCUUUGACAAACGUGAAAAACAUCACUAUGGAAAAUUGGUACCGGAAGCAUACGGCGAUACUUCCAGCUUGCAAGAAGGCGAAGGUGAUUUAUCAGUCAGCGAAGCUCGGCUUUCGGAGAAGAAAUCUCCGACUGAUUUCGCGUUGUGGAAGUCUUCAAAACCAGGGGAACCAUCGUGGGAAAGUCCGUGGGGCAAAGGUCGUCCUGGCUGGCACAUUGAAUGUUCCGUAAUGGCUUCUGCUAUUUGUGGUUCCAGUCUCGACAUUCACACUGGUGGUGUAGACUUGAAGUUUCCACAUCACGAUAACGAGCUUGCACAGGCUGAGGCAUAUUUUGACAACUCUCACUGGGUUAGAUAUUUUCUUCAUUCUGGUCACCUGACAAUAGCCGGUUGCAAAAUGUCAAAAUCACUCAAAAAUUUUAUCGCCAUACAAGAAGCCUUAAAAAAACACACCGCGAGACAACUCAGGCUCGCGUUUCUUCUUCAUUCUUGGAAAGACACUCUUGAUUACAGCGACAAUACGAUGGACAUGGCUGUUCAGUAUGAAAAGUUCCUCAAUGAAUUCUUCCUCAACGUAAAAUGCAGAAUUCGUAGUUUGGGAUCGGGCACAACCCUGCAGACUUUCAGCAAAUGGACUAAGGACGAAAUGAAUUUGAACAGAAAAUUCAACUUAAUCAAAGAAACUGUUCACAACGCUCUGUGUGACAAUAUCGACACGCGAACAGCGCUAUAUGCGAUUCGAGAUAUCAUCGGCGAGUGCAAUGUUUACACGAAGGAAUGCAAAAAUUCGAAUACGCUAUUGUUACGUGACAUUGCGGUUUACAUAACGAGAAUGAUGGUUGUAUUCGGAGCGAUAUCGUCGCAGCACGAAGCUAUUGGAUUUCCCAUCGACGAUCAAUCAGCUGGUUCCAACGUGGAGGAAACUAUAAUGCCGUAUUUGACGAUCCUCGGUGAUUUUCGUGAGAAAGUCCGAGGCCAUGCGAUAGCGUCAAAAGCGACGGAUAUUCUUCGCGAGUGCGAUCGAUUGCGCGAUGAAAUUUUGCCGAAUGUUGGUGUAAGGCUCGAAGAUGAUGAGGGCUCUAACUGCUCGAGGGUUAAAUUAGUGAAUCGUGAAGAAUUGUUGAAAGAGAUUGAAGCAAAGAAAAACCUGGAUAUCGCGAGAGCAGCGGAAAAGGAGAAGAAGAAAGCGGAAGCCGCUGCAGCUGCUGCGGCUAAGGAAGCCCAAAAACGUAUUUCACCGAUCGAUAUGUUCAAAUCAGAAAUAGACAAAUAUUCAAAAUUCGAUGCCAAUGGCUUGCCAACUCAUGGCAUCGACGGCAAAGAAAUAAGUAAAGGUCAAUUGAAAAAAUUGCAGAAACUCCAACAAGCACAGGAAAAAAAGUACAACGAAUAUUUAGCCAGUGUCCAAAACGGUGCCUAAUGAUCUAUCUGUCGUUAUUCAUCGAUUUUAGUCUGCCCUGGCUCAAUCCGUAUUUUAAUCCCACGAAACAAAGACUUGAAUAUUCGACGAGAAUGAUAUAAAAAAUCAUCGUAGCAUCAAUGAUAUGUUUUCUAAAAUUCGCUUCUUCUUUCUUUUUACGAAUCGAUUUUCUUCUGCUAUCAGUUGUCUAAAAUGAUCGAGCCAUUGUUUGGAUUCAAAGUGGGUGCGUCGAUAGCACAUGUUUUAAAUGCGGCUGCAUAGAAAUUGACAUCGAAUGACAGUCGCCUCCGAUCAGAAUACUUUCUCGUAGGAAUAUUUUUAUGAAUCCGAGCCCUCGCUGAGAAUAAUCAUUUGAAAAUGUUUCCAGUAAUUAAUUCAAAACGACAUAUUCGUUCCAUGCCGAAUAUCCAUUUUAUCAGAAUUGAAAUUCCUUACACGGCGAUUCAUCAAAAACGUGGAAAAAUCUGAAACUAAAUUGGGCCAAAAAGUCUAUUGAAAACUUGAAUAAAGCUUGUCUGACAAUGAAUCAGACAUUUUCUGUCGACAUUGUUAAACUUGCAUAAAUUUCAGCAGCCUUUACGUUCCGUUUUUUUUGCUCUUCACAGAAUUAUCAAAAACAUUUUGAUUCAUUAUAAUUCAAGAAAUUAUCAAACUUUGAAAUUGUUUGGUAAUUUCUUACAAAAUUCGUAGGCUGUCGAGUGAAUUUCCUAUCGAAUUUUUCACCAACUGUCAAUGAACGCGUAAAACAUACUUUUGAAAGUAUAUUCGGACCGAAAGAGGAAUGUCACUAAACUGGAUUAAAGUUUCUUUAUUUAUAUUGUCCAAACAAAACGAGUUAUUCAUCGUAUUUUCGAUUAUUUAAGCAAAAACAUACGCUAUUUAUUUAUUGUAUGAGGCAGGUGUGCAUGGAACUUGAACUAUUUUAAUUCAUCAUCCACAAGCAACUUGUUGCAUUGAAGUCAUACAAAUAGCAUUAAUAUUGUUCACAAUUUCUCAUAAAAGUUAAAACAAUAAUAUUUUUGAAAACUCGCUAUUAGUUAAGUACAAGAAGUAAAUUUGAAUACGAAACGAAAA